UCACGGAACUGGGUUCAGCCGAGGAUUACACAGGAGGAAAUCUGCAGCAGCUGUGGCUGUGCAACGGCCACUACAGCAAAGUGACUGGAGCGAAGUACAUUUCUGCAUUCCGCCAUUGUCAUUCUGCAGGAAUUCUCUGGGAAAAUGUCCAGCUCCCUCCAUUCCCCUCUUGGGAGCAUCUCUGGAGUUGCACAAUCUGCAGUGCAGAACCUCUCGCGUCAUCGCUUAGCUCUGCUCUGCGCAGCGGGCCUGGGAGUCACAGCCGUCGCCUCCUGGAUGUGGUGGAAGAGGAAUCGCCUGGAGCUGCGACAUGUCGGCACGGUGUCCCAGCUCAUCAUAUACCCCAUCAAGUCCUGCCGAGGGGUCUCAGUGCAAGAAGCUGAGUGUAUAGACCUGGGUUUGGUAAAUGAAGAACUGGAAGAUCGCCAUUGGCUGGUGGUGACAGAGGAUGGGCACAUGGUGACAGGUAGGCAGGAGCCACGGAUGGUCCUCAUUUCUGUGACUGGCUGUGGUGACUCCCUCUGUCUGGAAGCCCCAGGGAUGGAGAAGCUAGUGGUACCAGUGCCAUUGCCCAAGAGCAACAAAGUGCUGGACUGCCGGGUAUUUGGGAGCGACAUCCAGGGGCGGGACAGUGGAGAGGAGGCUUCUAUUUGGCUCACUUCCUAUUUCCAAAGCAGCAAGCCUUACCGGUUGGUGCAUUUCGAGUCCGGAAUGAUGAAGCCUCGCAAGUCCAACGAUAAGGAGAAACUGUUCAGAGACAAAGACUUGAUUGCUUAUCCUGAUGCCAGCCCCAUCAUGCUGCUUUCUGAGACGUCCCUAGAAGAUCUGAACAAACGUAUGGAGCAGCCCGUGUCUCUGGGGAACUUCAGACCCUGCAUCGUCGUGUCCGGCUGCCAGGCCUUUGCGGAGGAUGGUUGGGAUGAUGUGAAAGUGGGCACAACCAGGCUAAAGCGGGUCAUGGCCUGUGGUCGAUGCAUCUUGACCACUGUGGACCCAAACACUGGAGUUCUGAGCCGCAAGGAACCCCUGGACACCCUGAGAACCUUCCGUCAGAGUGAUCCCUCCCUGAGCCACCUGUACAAGACCUCACCCCUCUUUGGCCAGUACUACGGUGUGGAGCAAACCGGAAGACUGAGAGUGGGGGAUCCGGUGUAUCAUGUGGUCCGCAGGGGUUAGCACCAGUUCCUGCUUCUACUCGAGGCAUAAAUAUGUAUUAUAUUCUAGUAGAUGGGAAUUAUAAUAAUAUAAUACACAGUGCUUAGUCAGCAAUA